UCAUCCUCCUGGUACUCGAGUCCCGACCUCCUUUGGAGAACGUGCUCCGAAGACUCCAGAAAGAUGUCUUCUCAACAGCAGCAGUGCAAGCAGCCCUGCCAGCCCCCUCCUGUGUGCCCACCUAAGUGCCCAGAGCCGUGCCCGCCCCCAAAGUGCCCAGAGCUGUACCCACCCCCACAGAGGCAGCAGAAAUGCCCUCCUGUGCAACCUCCUCCACCAUGCCAGCAGAAGUGCCCACCCAAGAGCAAGUAACAGCUUCAGCAUCAACAGGAUCUGGAAAAGAGAGGACCAUUGGCUCGCCUGCUUCCACAGCUCCACCUUCACCUUCUCUUCUAAGCCUUCAUGGUGGCAGAACCGGCUCCUCUAGCCUUCAGCCUGUAAAAUGCCUGUGUGACUCCUGAUGGCAAAAGGGUUCCUUCCUGAGGCUGUCACGCUGCUCCUCUCCAGGAGGGAGCUGAGGAAGGGCAUCCUCAGCUGUGCCAGCAUCCCAGAGCUUCAGGAGGAAGAGCAGCAGGGGAUGCUCCUGAUGUCUUUUGUGUCUUUUGUUUCUUCCAUUUCCUGAAUAAAGUGACAUUUCUUGUGAUGGGA